GAACAGCAACAGGAUAUCCGUUCACGAGCGCAGAAACAGUCAUGGAUGAUCGUGCCGUGUCUCCAGCAGUAGCGUCAUCAUCAUCAUCAUCAUCAGCAGCAGCAUCAUCAGCAGCAGCAGCAGCAGCAUCAUCAUCAUCAUCAUCAGCAGCAGCAGCAGCAGAAACUGUGGUCACUGUCCGUCUCAUCAGAUCGUUCGAACACCGGAACUUCCGACCAGUGGUUUUUCGCGGGGUGAGUUUGGACCAGACUCUGCAGGAUUUCAUGCAGCUCGUCAGAGACGAGAUUGCAAGAAGACCGGGAGUUCUUCUGCCCUUCAGAACAUACACGUAUGACACGAUGAAAAUCAUUCACCAAGCACAUGGAGCAAAGACCAAUGAGCUGGUAAUGAACUUAGAAAAUGAUGAAGACCUCAUUCUGCAAGAUGGCCAAACCCUUAGAGCUGCUGGUGUUGCAAAUGAAACUGAAGUGGCCUUUUUCAGAGAAGAAGACUACACGCUCUUCAAAGCAAAUCCCAAAACUGCCUGGUGAACACAGAGCAUCAGUCCAGGAAGUACCGUACACAUCUUUUGUCUUUUCCUGAGGAGUAAAAAUCACCAGUGGGAUUGAUUCUGAUGCCAACGGUGAAUGUUAAGGCUUUAAAAUGAUUCUGAAUGAGAGCUGAGGACAGGCUUAAAGGACUAGAGUGUCAUGUUUAUACUGUAAAGUUUUAGUUUAAAAUUUGAGCCACACUGGAAAGCAGUUGUCUUUCUAUUUUUCUCUUAGAAUAAUUGUGACCAUAAUAUUGUUUUUCAUUGUUAAAAUAUGCUGAAUAAAUGAGUUUUCUAUGUUGCCUUUUUAA